CCCUCACGGUUAGGCUCAGCUGUUCUAAGCCUGGAAACUAGUAGACCCCAGACCACCGCGGUAUAGUUUUUUUGAAGAAGACAAUAUGGCGAACAAAAUUCUUUCAAAAAAGACUACGAAUAAAUGGGCUAUUGACUUGACUGGGAGGCCCAAGUAUGUCCCUGAUCGGCAGUUUCAAUUAURCGCGUCUGACCUACCAGCACCUCUUGGUUACACUGAGAAUCGCGUACAACAUGAACCUAGGGACUUGAAUAGCACGCAUCUUGUGGCGAAGAAAACAUGGGACAUUGCUCUGGGUCCCUUCAAACAGAUCCCGAUGAACUUGUUCAUAAUGUACAUGGCUGGUAAUUCCAUCUCUAUCUUCCCCAUUAUGAUGGUUGGAAUGAUGUUUCUUCGACCUGUCAAAGCAUUGUUGGCCAUUAAAUCAACUUAUAAAGCAAUUGAAGGAGAUCAUGACAGUGCUUACCUACAGAAAAUAAUCUAUUUCCUUGGCAACCUGAGCCUUGUUAUCUUGGCGUUGUACAAGUGUCACUCCAUGGGGUUACUACCCACAGCUACAUCUGAUUGGUUAGAAUUUAUGGAACGCAAAACGAGACCUGAAUUUAGUGGUGGUGGUAUUGUGUUAUAGAGCGUUUACACACACGUGACAAGGCAGCCAUAUUGGUGUACCAAACAAUAGAAACUGUCUGCACAGUUUUUGCAUAAAAAUAGAGCUCAAUUCCCAGAUAGAAAAUGUAUUGUUUUGGUACACCAACAUGGCCACUGUGACGUCACAUGAAAACACUCUACAGAGGCUAGCCAUCAAGAAGUUAUCUCUUAAAGACAUGACGCUAGCCAUCAAGAAGUUAACUCUUAAAUACUAUUCACUGCAUACUAUCAGUGAUGCUUUCCAAUGAAACAUUCAUAUUCAGUUAAUAUGUAACUAGUUCGAUUCUCUCUCCUCAAAGCUGUGGUGGGUCCAGCACAUACAAUGCUAGGGUGAUUACCACCAUAUAGGUAUGUGGGUUGAUCUAACAGCAGUCAUAAAAACCCUAUAUAUAUACCACUGAUUCUUUAUCAUUUAAAAUACCAAAAAAUAAUAUGAAGUAUUUAUACAUGUACGCAAUAAAAAUAUGGUGGUCAAUUUAGAUAGCUAUUGUGACAGACUGACUAGCCCCGCUAACAUGUAAAAAAAGGCUAGUCAGUCCAGAACCAAUAGUUAUUCAAAUUGGUCACCAUUAUUAUUUCAAAUUGGUGUAUAAUCAUUGAGAGCUGAAGAUGAACAAAGAGAAAUAAAACUGGCUUAAUAAUGA